AUGGGUUCAACUUUGCAUAUCACUUUUUUAACCCUGUCCUUAACCAACGUUGUGCUGUCGGAAUUGUUUCACUCGGAGGAGACCAUACCCGUCAGAAACAGUGUGAAGACCAUCGGUCGGCUAUGGAAAAGGAGCGAGGAGGAACAGAGCUUCAGAUUGACAGCUUUCGGCCAGGACUUCACACUGAAUUUGACUCCGGAUGACUCGUUUGUUGCUCCAACGUUAACCAUUCAGCACAUACAAUCGAAACAUCUGGCUGCGCUUUUCAACGGCACCAGAUCAGGACAUUUUACCGGUGGUAUCACCAAGACAGAAGGGAAUAGGGACGACCUUACCGGCUGCUUCUACUCAGGGAAUGUGGACACCGACCAGGAAUCUGUUGUCGUGGUGAGCCUGUGCCACGGGAUGCAAGGGUCCUUCAUAGCGCACGGGUAUGAGUAUCUAAUUAAACCCAAAGUUCUUGGCCAAGGUAAAACAGAGAGAUCACUCUUGCAGGUGCACGUUAUAAAAAGGAGAGUUUUGACCGACGCACAAAAGACUUCCAAGACUUUCCAAGCUUUUGAUCAGGUGAAGGAUAAGAGCCGUCUGGCCACAGAUGACGGCACUUCAUCUCCUGUUGAUGAUGCUGAGAGAGCGACGGGACGGAAGCGACGGUUUGUCUCCUCUCCAAGAUAUAUCGAGACGCUGGUCGUAGCAGACGCUUCAAUGACACAUUUCUAUGGAGACGAAAUAAAGGUGAGGGCAUGAACUGACACAAAUUGAUAACCACAAAUUGCAUAUAUAAUUAACUAAAAUUAUAAACCAAUACACUAAUAUGUAUAUAUUUUUUGGCAUUGGCUGCAAUGUGAUGGGCACAUGUCCAAACGCGUCAUUACACACGAAGGGUUUCCAAAGCAGUUUAAUUUUCCAGACAGAAAUAAGCCCUGAAAGUCAUUUAUGGAACUGUCAGGGCAGCCCAGCCUGGUCUCAUAGACAAGGCGUAAACAUAGUAAACGUAAAUCAGUGAAAACUAAAUUAGUAUAUGUUACUUGGUAUGGUUACAUAAGAUAGAAGGUUACUUAAGGCAAAAACAAAAGAAGGGUGGAUGGACAUAUAACGCAAAUGUCUAGCAACCUUUGUUCCAAUCUCAUCAUGGACAACUUCAGCAUUUUAGCUAAUUAGCAACUUUGCAACUAUUUGGUACUUUUUAGGUACUUUGCAACGACUAACCUUAACCCUUUUAGCUAAUUCUAACCCUAACCUUAAUCAUUUAACCUAACUUCUAACCCUAACCUUAACCCUAUCCCCUUGCCUAGCUAACAUUAGCCAGCUGGCUAACAUUAGCAUUAGCCACCUAGCUAACGUUAGCAACAACUAAACGGAAUUCGUAACAUAUCAUACAUUUUGCAAAUUCAUAACAUAUUGUACAUUUUGCAAAUUCAUAACAUAUUUUAUGAAUUGCACAUGUUACGAAUUGUAAUUCGUAACAUAUUGUAUGAAUUGCAAUUCAUAAUAUAUCAUAAUAUAUCAAUUGUAAUCACAAGUUAAUACCAUACAAAAUGUAACAUAUCAUACUAAAUUGCACAUUGUGGUACUUGCACAUCGUGGAAUUACGUACAGAAUAAAACGAAAUGCUCUAAGACCAGGUUGGGCAGUGGGUUCGAUUCCCACGGGGGCCAGUAUGAAAUAAAAAAUAAAAUAAAAAUUAAUAAAAAAAUAAAAAAUAAAAAAAAAAAUGAAUGCACUCACAAACUGUAAGUCGCUCUGGAUAAGAGCGUCUGCUAAAUGACUAAAAUGUAAAUGUAAAUGUAAUGACUCAUGAGAGGAGUGUGUAUGACUGUGCAAUUCCAAUAUCAUCCCACAUUCUCACAACCAUGACAGGCAGUGCUUGUCGGAAAUGCCAAUUCUCUUGAAAAACUCCCCAAUGGCCAUGUGGCUAUAUUGAAAGUAAGAAAAAUGAUUCCCGCAAAUGCAAUGAUCAAAAUGAGUUAUUCAUUAUCAUGCCAAGCCGGGGAACAAAUGUGCUUUUACUUUCUAGUAGGUCUACAAUAGGCCUAAUUAGUCUGCAAGUCCCCAAAAGCAUCCCCUCUGUCAAUAAUUGAAAGAGCAUUGUUUCAAAAUGUUAGGCAUUUUAAUUGGUAUUUUGGCUUGGGUCAAGUUCCCCACUGGGCACAAACUGGUUGAAUCAAUGUUCUUUCAACGUAAUUUGCCAAUGUGUUGUGAUGUGGGUGGUCCUUUGUAGCUCAAUUGGUAGCGCAUGGCGCUUGUAACGCCAGGGUAGUGGGUUCGAUCCCCGGGACCACCCAUACGUAAAAAUGUAUGCACGCAUGACUGUAAGUUGCUUUGGAUAAAAGCGUCUGCUAAAUGGCAUAUUAUUAUGUGGAAUCUAUGUAGAAAACACAUUUGAUUUGAAAAAAGUCAUCAACUGUUGUUAUGAGGGUGAAAUUUCAACCACAGGAUUAUGUCAUCAUGGUAACCAAAUUUCAACAUAGACAAACCUUGUAUAAAAUAUGUUGCAUUCUUACCUUUAAAACAAUGUCAGAUCUUCAACUUAUAUCCACUAUCAAAAGGAAAAAAAAGUGCAGCACCUCCUACUGGAGAGUUGAUAUAUCUAAAGCUACCCUUUGGUCUACCAUCCAGGGAUUGAACCAAGCCCUGCUUAGCUGUUAUAUUUGUCACUGACUAUUACCAGUAUGCUAUCGUAAGAAUGCUUGUUGAGUGAUCUCCACUUAAAAACUAAAUAGAUUCACUAUUGCUAUCAAAAUAAUUCCAGAGGGUAUAGGUUUAACAUAGCAAUUAAAUGUGACCAUACUUUAUCACUCAUAUAUUAUCAAUUAUGCUAUUUAGGCCUAAAUAGCAUUUGCAAAGUCAUAAACAGCUACCAAGUGGCGCAGUGGUCUAAGGCACUGCAUCGCAGUGCUAGAGGCAUCACUACAGACCUAGGUUUGGUCCCGGGCUGUAUCACAACCGGCCGUGAUCAGGAGUCCCAUAGGGUGGCGCACAAUUGGCCCAGCGUCAUCCGGGUUAGGGGAGGGUUUGGUCGGGGUAGGCUGUCAUUGUAAAUAAGAAAUGUUUUCUUAACUGACUUGCCUAGUUAAAUAAAGGUUCAAAUAAAAUACUGUGUCAAUUCAACCCAGAAUUCAAAUAAAAAUAGACUUAAUAGUCCCAGUUGGUAUUAAAUAGAACGUUGUGGCCCCACCCGCCUGUGGGGAAAACAACCCCUGGUUAUCCCAUUGGCUCACAUCAAAAACUAGACCUUUUUUAAAUGAAAUGUUCUUGUCUGCUUGUUUUAGUCAAUUACAAAAUUACAUUUAAGAAAAGUACAACAUGUCUAAAGAUUACUUUUCAACAUUGCCUGCUCCUGAGCAUUCUCACUACUUAGAAAAACUUAAUAUUGUAGGGCUUCCCUCAUGCCCCUUUUCAUGACGAGUGAGUGCUAACUAGCUACCAGAACAUUAAGCUAGCCAAGACCAACAACACAAACAAACUGACUAUAAAGCUACAAGUAGUGAGUGGACUUACAAACAGACUAUACUAAAUGAGUUAAAUGUCUUACCUGUGAUUAAAUGUUUCCCACACACAUAGCUACGUGUAGCCUACUUGGACACCGGGUCCCCACAUUUCCCACUCUCCCACGCCGAAUAGCCUGAAACCACAGGGCUCUUAACGAAGGCUAUAUUUCCCUACGUGGGAGCAUUGCAAACCGUAGGUCGGGAUUUUUUUUACCUAGUUACACAUACACUGAACAACAGCAGCUUUUCUGCAUGUUUUGUUAUUUCUGUAUCACAAAAAAUCAACGACGAAGUUGGCUCUUUUACAAUGGGGUCAAUGGGAACAAAUGUUUGUUUUUCCCCAAUUUAUGGGCGUGGUCAAGGGGAAAUCCUGCUUAUGACAUGAAUACCGACUCGGAGUAUAGGCCUAGGGUAUCAAGCUCUGAUCGAUUUGAAAUGUAAUUAUAUUUAGUGAUAUUGAAUUGUGUUUGGUUGUCAACGCAACCAAAGAUCAACAUUUGAAGGAGAUGCAUCUUCUGCUUGGAUAGUUAAUUCCAGUAAGUCUACAAAUUAAUAAUUGAUAUGUUGGAUUCAUGUCUGCAUCUCAACGCACAAUCUAAGUAAAAAAAAAUAGGACUAAAUCAAAUAAAACUUUAUUGAAUGUCCAUUUCAAAUGUGAUUUUAUUUAGUCCUAUUCUUUAACUUAGAUUUUCGGUUGAGAUGGAGAUGUGAAUCCAACAUAUCAAUUAAUAAUUUGUAGACAAACUGGAAUUAAACCCAGACUAAGUCAGUGGCACAGAUGGAACUAUCCAAACAGAAGAUAAAUCUCUUUCAAAUGUUGAUAUUUGGUUGCGUUGACAACCAAACACAAUUCCAUAUAACUUUUGAAACACAAUAAAUAGCCAAUCAACUUGUCGCCAUGUUAACAAACUAUAUAUUGGAUUCACGUCUCCAACUCAACCAAAAAUAAAAUAUUAUAUAAAUAAAUACAGUAUAUCAACACCCACCCGUAGUAUGUGCUCCAGCAGGUAUAUCUCACUGGUCAUCCCCAAAGCCAACACCUCCUUUGGCCGCCAUUCCUUCCAGUUCUCUGCUGCCAAUGACUGGAACAAAUAGCAAAAAUCUCUGAAGCUGGAGACACUUAUCUCCCUCACUCAGUUGUCAGAGCACCUUACCGAUCACUGCACCUGUACACAGCCCAUCUGAAAUUAGCCCACCCAACUACCUCAUCCCUAUAUUGUUAUUUAUUUUGCUCAUUUGCACCACAGUAUCUCUAUUUGCACAUCAUCUCUUGCACAUCUAUCAUUCCAGUGUUAAUAUUAAUUGUAAUUAUUUUGCACUAUAGCCUAUUUAUUGCCUUACCUCCAUAACUUGCUACAUUUGCACACACUGUAUAUAUAUUUUCUGUUGUAUUUUUGACUUUAUGUUUUGUUUUACCCCAUAUGUAACUCUGUGUUGUUGUUUUUAUCGCACUGCUUUGCUUUAUCUUUGCCAGGUCGUAGUUGUAAAUGAGAACUUGUUCUCAACUGGCUUACCUGUUUAAAUAAAGGUGAAAAAUAAAAAAUAAAAGAAAUGUAAAAAAAAUAUCAAUAUUACUUUUCGUCGCUGUCCGAUGAAAACCUCUUAUCUCCUAAACAGAAACUUUUCAGGAAAUUGAAAAAAAUUACCACAUUUUCCCAUUAACGAACAUACAGUUAUGAAACUUCAGAAGCUAUUUUGAAUAUAUUUUCUUGGUCCUAGAGCCAUGAAAUGUUCAGAGUACAUUGAGGGAAGUUACUGCUUUCAAUUUAAAAAAAGAAAAUACUAUUAGCAAGAAGUUUGUUUAAAGGUUUUCAUCAGACAACAACGUUUUGUAAUACAGUAAAUAGGCUACAGUAAAUAGGCUAUCUUACAAACUGAUGUAACAUUCAACCUUAAAAUGAGUAACACAUCCAUGGCCACAUUUUGAGGUUACUGUUAUUAUACAUUUCUUAUUAUGUAAUAAUAUAAAGCGUGCAUGUUCAAGAGAGCAUGCAUAGGUCAUCGCAGAUCUGUGGAGAUCUUCACAAUUGCUGUAAUAAUCUGCGCAGAAUCUCGAACGGCAUUGAUCACUUGCACCAUGUACUUUUAAUGUAAUCUCAACUGCAAUCCAGGUCAUUUGGUUCUGUUAUUAGAUUAAGCAAAGUGAUAACACAUUAAUCUGUUGUAUAAAUAACCAAAAUAUCUGACGUAUUAAAAUGUGAACUUUACUGUGCUUUUAAAUGGUUGAAAGCGCAGUGAUAGACAUUUGAGUGACAACUAAACCAAAUAUCUGACAUCGUUGUUAAUAAGAAUAGAAUAUGCUUCCAAACACUUCUACAUAAAUGUGGAUGCUACUCUGAUUACAGAUAAUCCUGAAAGAAUCGUGAAUAAUAAUGAGUGAGAAAGUUACAGACGCACACAUAUCAUACCCCACAAGCAAUGCUAACCUCCCUUGUUAUUGUAAUGGUGAGAGGUUAGCAUGUCUUGGGGGUAUGAUAUUUGUGCGUCUGUAACUUUCUCACUCAUCAUUAUUCACACUUUCAUUGAGGAUUAUCCGUAAUCAUGGUAGCAUCCACAUUUAAUGUAGAAGUGUUUAGAAACAUAUUCUAUUCUUAUUUAAAAUACAAGCGACUCCACAAUGACCCAAUACAUUAUUUACCAAUAAUUUCUAUUGGGCACAAAGUAAUCUGAAACCAACAGCAAAUGCAUCCAACAAAUGUGUAGAGUCACAAGCUUGAUGUAGUCAUUGCGUGCUAUGAAUAUGGGAUCAAAUACUUACGUUUUUACUACUUUAAUACAAAUAUAAGUGAAUUUGGCCCAAUACUUUUGGUCCCCUAAAAUGGGGGGACUACAGUGCCUUGCAAAAGUAUUCAUCCCCUUUGGCGUUUUUCCUAUUUUGUUGCAUUACAACCUGUAAUUUAAAUUGAUUUUUAUUUGGAUUUCAUGUAAUGGACAUACACAAAAUAGUCCAAAUUGGUGAAGUGAAAUUUAAAAAAUAACUUGUUAAAAAAAAUUCUAAAAAAUAAAUAACGGAAAAGUGGUGCGUGCAUAUGUAUUCACCCCCUUUGCUAUGAAGCCCCUAAAUAAGAUAUGGUGCAACCAAUUACCUUCAGAAGUCACAUAAUUAGUUAAAUAAAGUCCACCUGUGUGCAAUCUAAGUGUCACAUGAUCUGUCACAUGAUCUCAGUAUAUACACACCUGUUCUGAAAGGCCCCAGAGUCUGCAACACCAGUAAGCAAGGGGCACCACCAAGCAAGCGGCACCAUGAAGACCAAGGAGCUCUCCAAACAGGUCAGGGACAAAGUUGUGGAGAAGUACAGAUCAGGGUUGGGUUAUAAAAAACAUAUCUGAAACUUUGAACACCCACGGAGCACCAUUAAAUCCAUUAUUUAAAAAUAGAAAGAAUAUGGCACCACAACAAACCUGCCAAGAGAGGGCCGCCCACCAAAACUCACGGACCAAGCAAGGCGGGCAUUAAUCAGAGAGGCAACAAAGAGACCAAAGAUAACCCUGGGGACCACUUUAAGUCGUACACUCCACAGAGCUGGGCUUUACGGAAGAGUGGCCAGAAAAAAGCCAUUGCUUAAAGAAAAAAAUAAGCAAACACGUUUGGUGUUCGCCAAAAGGCAUGUGGGAGACUCCCCAAACAUAUGGAAGAAGGUACUCAGGGUCAGAUGAGACUAAAUGGAGCUUUUUGGCCAUAAAGGAAAACGCUAUGUCUGGCGCAAACCCAACACCUCUCAUCACCCCGAGAACACCAUCCCCACAGUGAAGCAUGGUGGUGGCAGCAUCAUGCUGUCGGGAUGUUUUUCAUCGGCAGGGACUGGGAAACUGGUCAGAAUUGAAGGAAUGAUGGAUGGCGCUAAAUACAGGGAAAUUCUUGAGGGAAACCUGUUUCAGUCUUCCAGAGAUUUGAGACUGGGACGGAGGUUCACCUUCCAGCAGGACAAUGACCCUAAGCAUACUGCUAAAGCAACACUUGAGUGGUUUAAGGGGAAACAUUUAAAUGUCUUGGAAUGGCCUAGUCAAAGCCCAUACCUCAAUCCAAUUGAGAAUCUGUGGUAUGACUUAAAGAUUGCUGUUUACCAGCGGAACCCAUCCAACUUGAAGGAGCUGGAGCAGUUUUGCCUUGAAGAAUGGGCAAAAAUCCCAGUGGCUAGAUGUGCCAAACUUAUCGAGACAUACCCCAAGAGACUUGCAGCUGUAAUUGCUGCAAAAGGUGGCUCUACAAAGUAUUGACUUUGGGGGGGUGAAUAGUUAUGCACGCUCAAGUUUUCAGUUUUUUUGUCUUAUUUCUUGUUUGUUUCACAAGAAAACAUAUUUUGCAUCUUCAAUGUGGUAGGCAUAUUUUGUAAAUCAAAUGAUACAAACCCCCCAAAAAACAAUUUUAAUUCCAGGUUGUAAGGCAACAAAAUAGGAAAAACGCCAAGGGGGGUGAAUACUUUUACAAGCCACUGUAUGUACAAAAAGUGUUGUAAUUUCUAAAGGUUCACCCGAUAUGGAUGAAAAUAUCCUCCAAUUAAAGCUGACAGUCUGUACUCAUAGUCAUUUUAUAAUUUCAAAUCCAAAGUGCUGGAGUACAGAGCCAAAACAACAACAAAAAUUGUCACUGUCCCAAUACUCUUGGAGCUCAUUUUAUAUCUCUGUCAAUACCUACUAACCUCAGAAAAGAUGGAGACAUUCUGGUCUUAAUAUAUCGUGUGAUGUUAUACAAUCUGACUAAGUUUGUGUCCAUAUGAAACGUUAAAUAAAAAUGUUGGCACAGGGUCUUGUGUUUGAGUUUAAACCAUCUGGGAAUGAGAGCAAGCCAAGAGGUUUGUUUUUGUGGCCCUUCCUCCCAUUUUAUUGAUGGAAAUAAAAACACAAAUGUUUAAACAUUUGAUUCCAAUUGGCUUAUGGAUUUGGGUCCCUUCUCUGACUGCCUGCAAAGUGCUUGUUGUCAGAUCUCUUUGCAAUUAAUUAAGCAGUGAAAUUAAUCCAGGAUUAAAGUAUUAUUGACAACAACUAGGUAGUGUACAAUUGAUAGUGCCUUCCCAGCAAACCGGGAACAUUUCCAUAACAUUAACCUAGAUUCACAAGUUAAGUUCUAGUUAGGGUUUUAUCUUACACUAAGAAUAUAACAUACCAAAAACAUUCAGAGAAUUGUUUUGAUAAAAUUUAUGUAUUUAUCAUAAAUGUUUUAAAUGAAAUAUCCUUGGAAUGUUCUAGCGUUCACUAAAAUGUUGUGCACAACAUCUGUAACAACCACCACAGAACAUUCCCCAAACGUUUGUAUGUUUGUAUAAAACAUUGGCCUGAUGUUGCAACAAUGUUCCUAUAACACAUUUUAUCUGUUCUUUAAAGGUUCCCAGAAUUAUUUAGGCCUCCUGUAGCUCAGUUGUUAGAGCAUGGCGCUUGCAACGCCAGGGUUGUGGGUUCGAUUCCCACGGGGGGGGCAGUAUGAAAAAUGUAUGCACUCACUAACUGUAAGUCACUCUGGAUAAGAGCAUCUGCUAAAUGACUAAAAUGUAAUGUUUCAUUGGCUUGUGGGAACAUUGUUUGGAACAAAAGAUAAGUUCCCAAACUGUGCAGAUGAUUCUACAAUGUUUUUGGGUGCAAAAAACAUUCACCUGAUGUUACAAGAACGUUCCCACAACACAUUCCAUCUGUUCUUUAAUGAUUCCCACAAAUGUCAUUAGGUUGUGGGUACAUUACAAAACACAAAAUAUGCUCAGUUGUGAUGACAUUCAAACAAUGUUUAAGUUAGGUUGCACAGGACAUUCCCUUAAUGUUGUAAGAAUGAAAUGUCCGUUUUUAUGAAGUUCAUAGCAUAUUUGUUUUAGGUUUAACAUAAUAUUCUAUUGAUGUUCACACAAUAUACAUUUGACCUCAUCUUGCAGGUCUUCAGAACAUUCAAGAGCAUUUAGAAAAUGUUGUAUUUAAGUUUGACCUAAUAUUACCACAACAUUCUUAUCAUGCAAAUUAAAGCAUAAGAAAGCAGAUUGGAAUGCAUCCACAUUAUGUUUCUCUCCAGAUUUAAUGGCAAUUCACAUUUGAGGACUGUAUUGUAAGUGCAUUCGGAAAGUAUUUAGACCGCUUGACUUUUUCCACAUUUUGUUACGUUACGUUUUUCUUCAUCAAUAUACACACAAUACCCCAUAAUGACAAAGUGAAAACAGGUUUAUAGAAAUUUUAUCAAAUGUAUAAAAAAUAAAAAGCAGAAAUAGCUUAUUUACAUAAGUAUUGAGAACCUUUGCUAUGACACUCGAAAUUGAGCUCAGGUGCAUCCUGUUUCCAUUGAUCAUCCUUGAGAUGUAUCUAAAACUUGAUUGGAGUCCAACUGUGUUACAUUCAAUUGAUUGGACAUGAUUUGGAAAGGCACACAUCUGUCUAUAUAAGGUCCCACAGUUGACAGUGCAUGUCAGAGGAAAAACCAAACCAUGAGGAUGAAGGAAUUGUCCGUAGAGCUCCGAUUGAGGAUUGUGUAGAGGCACAGAUCUGGGGAAGGGUACCAAAAAAUGUGUGCCGCAUUGAAGGUCCCCAAGAACACAGUGGCCUCCAUCAUUCUCAAAUGGAAGAAGAUUAGAACCACCAAGAUUCUUCCUAGAGCUGGCCGCCCGGCCAAACUGAGCAAUCGGAGGAGAAGGGCCUUGGUCAGGGAGGUGACCAAGAACCAGUUGGGCACUCUGACAGAGCUCCAGAGUUCCUCUGUGGAGAUGGGAGAACCUUCCAGAAGGACAACCAUCUUUGCAGCACUCCACCAAUCAAGCCUUUAUGGUAGAGUAGCCAGACGGAAGCCACUCCUCAGUAAAAUGCACAUGACAGCCCACUUGGAGUUUGCAAAAAGGUACCUAUAGACUCGCAGACCAUGAGAAACAAGAUCCUCUGGUCUGAUGAAACCAAUGUUGAACUCUUUGGCCUGAAUGCCAAGCGUCACAUCUGGAGGAAACCUGGCACCAUCCCUACGGUGAAGCAUGGUGCUGGCAGCAUCAUGCUGUGGUUAUGUUUUUUAGCGGCAGGGACUGGGAGACUAGUCAGGAUUGAGGGAAAGAUGAACGGAGCAAAGUACAGAGACAUCCUUGAUGAAAACCUGCUCCAGAGCGCUCAGGACCUCAGACUGAGGUGAAAGUUCACCUUCCAACAGGACAAUGACCCUGAGCACACAGCCAAGACAACGCAAGUCUCUGAAUGUCCUUGAGUGGCCUAGCCAGAGCCCGGACUUGAACCCGAUCAAACAUCUCUGGAGAGACCUGAAAAUAGCUGUGCAACGACGCUCCCCAUCCAACCUGAUAGAGCUUGAGAGGAUCAGCAGAGAAGAAUGGGAGAAACUCCCCAAAUAUAGGUGUGCCAAGCUUGUAGCGUCAUACCAAAGAAGAAUUGAGGCUGUAAUAGCUGCAAAAGGGUGCUUCGACAAAGUACUGAGUAAAGGGUCUGAAUACUUAUGUAAAUGUAAUAUUUCCGUUUUUAUUUUUAAUAAAUGUGCAAAAAUGUCUACAAACCUGUUUUUGCUUCGUCAUUAUGGGGUAUUGGGUGUAGAUUGAUGAGGGGGGGGGGACAAUUUAAUCCAUUUUAGAAUAAGUCUGUAACGUAACAAAAUGUGGAAAAAGUCAAGGAGUCUGAAUACUUUCCUAAUGCGGUGUAGAGACACAGGACAGUUUUAUUUCAUUCAUAGGAGAUUUGAAAAGCAUUUAUUCAUUAAAAAAAUUACAAUUUUUUUCAUUCAGUGCCUUUUCAUACAACACUUCAUACAGUGCCUUCAGAAACGACAUUAUUAUGUAUUCAUACCCCUUGACCUUUUCAACAUUUGUUGUGUAACAGCCUGAAUUAAAAAUUGAUUAUAUUAUUUUCUCACCCAUCUCCACACGAUACCCUCUUUGGUCUUUGUGGUAGAAUCUGUGUUUGAAAUUCACUGCUUUACUGAAGGACCUUACAGAUAAUUGUAUGUGUGGGGGUACAGAGAUGAGGCAGUCAUUCAAAAAUCAUGUUAACCACUAUUAUUGCACACAGAGUGAGUCCGGGCAACUUCUGUGACUUGGUAAGCACAUUUUUACUCCCUAACUUAUUUAGGCUUGCCAUAACAAAGAGUUUGAAUACUUAUUGACUCAAUACAUUUCAGCUUUUCAUUUUUUAUAAAUUUGUAAAUAUGUCCAAAAACAUAAUCUCAUUUUGACAUUACAGGGUAUUGUGUGUAGGCCAGUGACAAAAAAAUCUCAAUGUAAUCCAUUUUAAAUUCAGGCUUUAACACAACAAAAUUUGGAUCAAGUCAAUGGGUUUGAAUACUCUCUGAAGGCACGGUACAGUAUUUUGCCAAUCUGCACAUGUGAGGUCUGAACCUGCUAGGUCUGGUUCCCAAGACCGGCCUUUUAUCCUCUGCACUACCACUGAAGCGCCCUUGUAUUGUAUUUUUUCAGUAUAUAGCCAUGGCAGUAUCCAUGUAUCCCGUAAUCAGGAAUUCCAUGAAUACUUUUUAGCCUUCUUGGACAUAACUAACCUAGGGAAAUACUGAUAACUGUGUUAUUCACCAUCACUUCACCCAUCCUCUUUAUAUGCUGCGUACUUCUGGGCCCAUACAGUAUUUACACGGUAUCCAAGACUAUGAGUGCUGAUCUAGGAUCACUUUUGCUUUUCAGAUUAUGAAAAAUAAGACGGGGGGGACCAUAUCAAGCAUCUCAAAGUAGGAAUUAUAUUGGGUGCGUUGAACAGUCAAUUUUUGCACAAUGUUUUAUUUUUUACAGUUAGUCUAAAUUCAGAAAUCUGGAUGAAAUAAAGACAUCCUCUGAGCCUCAAUGUAACUUUCUUUAAAAAAAGAUACAUGGUUACCGAAUAUGUGGGGUUGAAUCAGCAAUCUUCAGCCAGAUAAAUAACCUGCGCCAUCAGGGGAUAGCUGUGACCUUGUGUGUUUAAAAAAAUUAUCAAAUAUGGUAAAUCAGGACACAAAACACAAUUUCUUAAGAUAUUCAAAUGUUCCCAUCCUCUUCAUAUGCUGUGAUUUUAGUUGGAUAGAGCUUCCUUUAAAUAACUAGUAUUCUUGUGUAUUCAUAUGCUUCUUAAAUACGGACUCAGAACAUUCAAAUGAAAUGAGAUUUUUUGUUACCUUUCUUAAUUUCAAAAUCACAUUUCAUAAGACUUUCAACACGUGAUGUAGAAAGCAAAUCAUUAAAUACAGUGUUACAAGGACACCGCAUAUGAAGAGGAUGGGAACAUUUGAACGUGAUCUGUGUCCUGAUUGACCAUAUUCGACUGAAAAAAGACACAGGGGUACAACUAUCCCCUGGUGGCGCAGAGGGUUAAUUAUCUGGCUAGGAAACCAAACAUUGAAGGUUCAAACCCCACAUGUGCAGAUUGUCAACAUAUGAAGAGUAAUAAAUAUAGUUGUGUUUGUAUGAUUAAACGCUGUUCAAAUGUCCUGUAAGUUAAAUUAAAAUUCCAUGUGUUUCUAUAUCACCUAGUCCUCAAAUGUGAUUUGCCAUUACAUCUGGAGAGAAACCUAAUGGGAAUGUUUUCCAAUAUGCUUUAAGGAGCUACAAAUUUGCAUGCUGAGAAUGUUUUAUUAAUGUUAGGUAAAACUUAAAUAUAACUUUUUCUAAAUGUUCUUGAAAUGUUCUGAGGACCUCAAAGACAAGGUACAAUGUCUAUGAUCAAAUAAAAUAAAAUUGUAUUUGUCACAUGCACCGAAUACAACAGGUGUAGACCUUACAGUGAAAUGCUUACUUACAAGCCCUUAACCAACAAUGCAGUUUUAAGAAAGAAUUCCAAAACAAAUCACAAAAAAAACAAUAUAAAAUAAUACGAUAUAAAAGUAACAAAUAAUUAAAGAGCAGCAGUAAAAAUAACAAUAGCGAGGCUAUGUACAGGGGGUACCGGUACCGAGUCAAUGUGCGGGGGCACCGGUUAGUCGAGGUAAUUUAGGUAAUAUGUAGGUAGAGUUAUUAAAGUGACUAUGCAUAGAUAAUAAACAGAGAGUAGCAGCAGCGUAAUAGGGGGGAGGGGAUGGAGAUAGUCUGGGUAGCCAUUUGAUUAGAUGUUCAGGAGUCUUAUGGCUUGGGGGUAGAAGCUGUUUAGAAGCCUCUUGGAUGCUUGCUGUGCGGUAGCAGAGAGAACAGUCUAUGACUAGGGUGGCUUGAGUCUUUGAACAUUUUUAGGGCCUUCCUCUGUUAUGUGAACAUCAAUGGAAUAUUAUAUUAAACUUAAAACAAAUAUGCUAUGAAAGUCAUAAAAACUGACUUACAGUGAGGGAAAAAAGUAUUUGAUCCCCUGCUGAUUUUGUAUGUUUGCCCACUGACAAAGACAUGAUCAGUCUAUCAUUUUAAUGGUAGGUUUAUUUGAACAGUGAGAGACAGAAUAACAACAAAAAAAUCCAGAAAAACGCAUGUCAAAAAUGUUAUAAAUUGAUUUGCAUUUUAAUGAGGGAAAUAAGUAUUUGACCCCUCUGCAAAACAUGACUUAGUACUUGGUGGCAAAACCCUUGUUGGUAAUCACAGAGGUCAGACGUUUCUUGUAGUUGGCCACCAGGUUUGCACACAUCUCAGGAGGGAUUUUGUCCCACUCCUCUUUGCAGAUCUUCUCCAAGUCAUUAAGGUUUCGAGGCUGACGUUUGGCAACUCGAACCUUCAGCUCCCUCCACAGAUUUUCUAUGGGAUUAAGGUCUGGAGACUGGCUAGGCCACUCCAGGACCUUAAUGUGCUUCUUCUUGAGCCACUCCUUUGUUGCCUUGGCCGUGUGUUUUGGGUAAUUGUCAUGCUGGAAUACCCAUCCAAGACCCAUUUUCAAUGCCCUGGCUGAAGGAAGGAGGUUCUCACCCAAGAUUUGACGGUACAUGGCCCCGUCCAUCGUCCCUUUGAUGCGGUGAAGUUGUCCUGUCCCCUUAGCAGAAAAACACCCCCAAACCAUAAUGUUUCCACCUCCAUGUUUGACGGUGGGGAUGGUGUUCUUGGGGUCAUAGGCAGCAUUCCUCCUCCUCCAAACACAGCGAGUUGAGUUGAUGCCAAAGAGCUUGAUUUUGUUCUCAUCUGACCACAACACUUUCACCCAGUUCUCCUCUGAAUCAUUCAGAUGUUCAUUGGCAAACUUCAGACGGGCCUGUAUAUGUGCUUUCCUGAGCAGGGGGACCUUGCGGGCACUGCAGGAUUUCAGUCCUUCACAGCAUAGUGUGUUACCAAUUGUUUUCUUGGUGACUAUGGUCCCAGCUGCCUUGAGAUCAUUGACAAGAUCCUCCUGUGUAGUUCUGGGCUGAUUCCUCACCAUUCUCAUGUUCAUUGCAACUCCACGAGGUGAGAUCUUGCAUGGCGCCCCAGGCCGAGGGAGAUUGACAGUUCUUUUGUGUUUCUUCCAUUUGCGAAUAAUCGCACCAACUGUUGUCACCUUCUCACCGAGCUGCUUGGUGAUGGUCUUGUAGCCCAUUCCAGCCUUGUGUAGGUCUAUAAUCUUGUCCCUGAUAUCCUUGGAGAGCUCUUUGGUCUUGGCCAUGGUGGAGAGUUUGGAAUCUGAUUGAUUGAUUGCUUCUGUGGACAGGUGUCUUUUAUACAGGUAACAAACUGAGAUUAGGAGCACUCCCUUUAAUAGUGUGCUCCUAAUCUCAGCUCGUUACCUGUAUAAAAGACACCUGGGAGCCAGAAAUCUUUCUGAUUGAGAGGGGGUCAAAUACUUAUUUCCCUCAUUAAAAUGCAAAUCAAUUUAUAACAUUUUUGACAUGCGUUUUUCUGGAUUUUGUUGUUGUUAUUCUGUCUCUCAAUGUUCAAAUAAACCUACCAUUAAAAUUAUAGACUGAUCAUUUCUUUGUCAGUGGGCAAACGUACAAAAUCAGCAGGGGAUCAAAUAAUUUUUUCCCUCACUGUAUUUCAUUCUCACAACAAUAAGGGAAUGUCCUGUGCAACAUAACUUAAAAAUGGUAUGAAUGUCAUCACAACUGAGCAUAUUUUCUGUUUUGAGAACUUAUCUCUUGUAAUGUACCCACACAAUGUUCUGGGAACCUUUAAAGAACUCAAAAAGUUUGUUCUGUCAACUUUCUUCCAACAUCAAAGGAAUAUUUUGUGCACCCUGAUACAAACAUUAUCUGAAUGUCAGCACAACUGGACAGUUUUGGAGUUUUGGGAAACUACUGUAUCUCUUGUCAUAUCCCCACAAUGUUCCCACAUCCUAAAUACAUAUUUUAGGAACUUUUAAAGAACAUACAAAUGUGUUCUGGGAAUGUUCUUGCAAUACCAGGCAAAUGUGUUUUGCAACCUAAUAGAAACAUUGUAAUAAUCAGCACAAAUGGACAGUUUUUGUGUUUUGGGAAUAUAUCUCUUGUCAUGUCCACACAAUGUUCCCACAACCUAAUGAAACAUUAUUGGAACCUUUAAAGAACCAGAUAAAUGUGUUCUGAGAACGUUCUUGUAACAUCAGGUGAGUGUUUUCUACACCUUAAAAUAAACAUUAUAGAAUCAUCCGCACAACUGGACAGUUUUUGUGUUUUGUGAAAAUAUAUUUUGUGAUGUCACCACAUUGUUCUCACCUUACUCUUCCCACAACCUAAUGAAACAUUAUGGGAACCUUUAAAGAACAGAUGAAAUGUGUUCUAGGAAUGUUCUUGCAACAUCAGGUGAAUGGUAUGGUAUAAUCAUCACCAUGACUGGACAGUUUUUGUGUUAUGAGAACAUUUGCCGCGACCUAACGAAUGUCCUGGGAACCUUCACAGAACCACUUUUGGUUUGCUGGGUUUGUACUGUAUGUCCAUAAUAUUCAGUAGAUGUAUUGAGUUGAUGAGUUCAUGUUGCCUUGCUCACCAAGUCAUUGCAGAAAACGUUUUGCCUUUAGCUAAAAGUGAACUGUUAGUGAACUGUUGAAUGUUACAGAUCAUUGGUCAGGUCAUUGUUGACCAUGCUUCCACAUGUCCUUCCAAUCACUCAUUUGGUUAAAACAUGGUGCUGGCAACACAAGGGUUCGAUUCCCGCAUGAGCCACACUUCCGUAAUAUAUGUGUCACUGUCAAUGCUGACAGUUCUACUAAAGGCAUAUCUCUCUCUUCCCUCUCCAGCAUUACCUGCUGACUCUCAUGGCAGUGGCGGCGCGGGUCUACCGCCACCCCAGUCUGAAGAACUCAGUGAGCCUGGUGGUUGUGAAGAUGCUGGUGGUGGAGGACGAAGACGUAGGGCCCCAGGUGUCCAGCAACGGAGGAAUGACCCUCAGGAACUUCUGUAACUGGCAGCAGCUCUUCAACCCCUCCAGCCAGAGGCACCUUGAACACUACGAUACAGCCAUCUUAUUCACCAGACAGGUGAGAACUUAGAACACUAGACAUUCCAUCUCAUUCACCCAGCACAUUACGACACAGCUAUCCAAUUCACCAGACAGGUGAGAAGAACCCUAUUACCCUUUUACACUCUUGUGCCGACCAAACUGUACUAGCUCAAAUAUUUUAUUUUAACAUUGUCCUUUUCAGCAUGGUUCCAGCAACUAUGGUGGAUGUAUAACCAGGCCGUGCUCAGUACAGCUUGGUUUGGCUCUGUUUAGUGUGAAAAGCAGGCACGUGCACAGAUAGGGUGGCACGUGCACAGAUAGGGCUCCACCUGUGUAGCACAGGAGGCUGCUGAGGGGAGAACAGCUCAUAAUAAUGGCCGGAACGGCGCAAAUAGAAUGGCAUCAAACACAUGGAAACCAUAUGUUUGACGUAUUUGAUACCAUUCCACCGAUUCCGCUCUAGCCAUUACCACGAGUCCGUCCUCCCCAAUUAAGGUGCCACCAACCUCCUGUGUUGUGCAGAGCACAUGCCCCUUUGCCCUUCCAGUCUCCAAAGUACCCUUCUGGAUUGUGGUAUAAUUUCCCUGUCUGUAAGGGUGACUGAUACUAGAGCUUCAAUGGCCUUGUUAAUACUGAAUCCUCCUUCACUGUGUGCUUUGGAUACCACACAGUUAAAUUUCCUUUCUCCCCAAAUCUGCUGGCUGCCAUGUAUUUGCUUCAUUUUACGAUGGAAACACUGACAAAUAUGUUUUGCUGGCAAGAGCUUCACUUUUAGGGGGAAAACCCCCUCUGUCUGGAACAAACGUAGCAAUGUCUGGAUAUCAGUGUCUGAAAUGUGUCCCUCCUCUUCCUACUCUCCCGACUCCCCUAGCCCUUUUCCUCUCCUCUCCUCUCCUCUCCUCUCCUCUCCUCUCCUCUCCUCUCCUCUCCUCUCCUCUCCUCUCCUCUCCUCUCCUCUCCUCUCCUCUCCUCUCCUCUCCUCUCCUCUCCUCUCCUCUCCCUCUACCCCAUGUAGGAUAUCUAUGGGCAGACGAGUUGUGACAUCCCUACUCCUCUAGCCCUUUUUCUCUCAUCUUGUCCUCUUUCCCGGUGUGAUAAAGUCCUCAUGCCCUCUCUCCCUGUACCCCCUAUGUAGGACAUCUGUGGUCAGAGGAGUUGUGACACCCUGGGGAUGGCUGACGUGGGCACCAUGUGUGACCCCAAGAGAAGCUGCUCUGUAAUAGAGGAUAACGGUCUGCAGGCGGCCUACACCGUGACACACGAGCUAGGUAUGUUAAUACGCUAUGGAAAUAUGAGCUCGGUAUGUUACAGUAACACACUAUCGAACAAACUGCAUACUUGUGUGUUUCCUAUCUCACAAGGUAUGAGACUUUAGUAAGGGCCAAUGUGUAUGGAUGUCCAUUACUCCACCUGAGUAACCCGUCAUGGCUGUCCUGCUUUGCCUCUUGUUUGCAUUCAGCUAAUAUCAUAAUUAGGUUCCUUGUAAACCACGAAAUCAUCCAACUAGCUUGAAUGAGAAUAAAGUUAGAAAAGUGCAUGUUGUAAACCAUACGUCAACUCUCAGCAGCAUCUUCUCCUUUCUCUCCUCAGGUCAUGUACUCAGCAUGCCUCAUGACGACUCUAAUAACUGUAUCAGAUGGUUCGGACACCUGGACGGGCCCCACAUGAUGGCGUCUGUGUUCUUUAGCCUCAACAGGACCUUGCCAUGGUCGCCAUGUAGCGCCCGUUAUGUCACAGAGUUCUUCGACAAUGGAUAUGGUAGGAUAACAUACCCUUUCAAACCUUUAUCCCAGUGCUUCCUUCUCUUUUUUCUAUUUUAUUCUCUCUAACCACUGUAUCAAGUGUAGAUGUAUGAUUCCCCGAUGCACUACUUACUACACACAAACAUCUUGUAUUGACAGUUAGUUCUUAUUGGUUCACAUGUGGUUCCCAGCUUUCAUUUGGUUUUGGUCAUGAGGUAGCAUUCCAGACAAACCGAACCCGAGUAAAAACAGUUUGCAGUUUCAUUAAAUUUGAAUAACAGUUUUGAGACAUUGGUCUUAAAGGGCCAUAGGCUGUUAUUAUGCAGUUAAUAGACACCUGCCACAGAGAGUGUGCUAUGUAAUUUAGGACUCAGAGAGUGGUGAGAAAUCCCUCUAUAAUAUGAACCCCUAACAUUUCACAAGUUUAUUUUCUUUCUCUCUCUUUUUACAAAGCCCACUCUGCCUAAACUCGCUCCAUCAACCACAAAUUAUGGUCUCUGAAAACCACACUUUGUAAUUUUGCUGAGAGUGUCCAAGCGAACAGUCCUUGGAGAGUAAGCUCCUCUCUGCAGUAAGAGCCUCUUCUCUUCACUUCUGUCUGCUCAUGGCAGGGCAGAGACACAGACAGCACUGUAAUAAUUCAGAUGACACACACACACAGCAGACAUGCCUGAGAUUGCUGGGAGAAGGCAUCUCGAGAUUGAUGUUCCUGCUCCUAGAAUGGAAGAUAGCAAAUCUAAGGCAAAGCAGAUAUUUGUGUUGCGAAAUAGCAUACAUUUUUCUCAGUCAAUGAUUUAUCCCCCAUCGAUAUUUCAGUCUCCGCUUCAAUUUCUCUAUCAAAUUCAAAUUCAAAUUCAAGCUGCUUUAUUGGCUUGAAAAACAUUGCGUCAAUAUUGCCAAAGCAACAAUGUACACAAUAUACAUUGUAAUAAAAUAAUCUCUCUCUCUCUCUCUAUCUCUCUCUCUCUCUCUCUCUCUCUGUUUCUCUGACUCAUCUGCUGGUGAGUCACACAUUCCAGCUUUAACAACUGUUUUCCCUCACAGAGAAGAGAAAGCGAGUGUAGCCAAGCACAUUGUCUUUACUGGCCUUGCCACAGAUAUAUAGUGAACUGAUGUUGCAGAAUUAUCCUCUGUUAAAGGGGCCAUACCACUAAAAAGAUCUAACAAAAUAGGAUUAAGCAACAUACUGUACCAGGGCAGAGAGGCAGUAACUCUUCUGUCCGACAUGCCAGGAGUUAAAGUAUAUUGUUGUGCAUAGAGUUUAUGAAGAAAAGCUGCUUCAAAAGUCGAAAGUUAAAUGUAAAGUUUGGCAAUAAUCUACAACCAUUUCUAUCACCGAUUCAGCCUCUGGAUAGGAUGUUACCUUCUGGCAACAAAAUCUUUAGCGGCAAAUAAUGUAUCUUCCCCUAAACACAUCUUUCAGUGAAAUGUAUUUGGCCAUUCCAUUCUGCUAUGAAAAUAGCCCCCUCAAGCUAAAAUGGUUGUACACCUGUUUUUUUGUUUUGUUUUUUUAAAACUUAACAGUCAAAUUUCACGUGCUUCAGGCAGACUGGCACCCAGUUGCAGUUGUCGUUUCCUGGUGAUUGAUAGAAGAGGAACGUGUGUUCCCACCUUUAUCAGAGCUUUAGCCCCCCUAGGGCUUCCUAACACCUUCAGUAUAAUAGAGUACUGUAUGUACAGCUCUCCCAAAUGUCAGUCAAUGACUAACACGUCCUCCAGAUCUUAUUGACAUUUUGUCACCCCUGAGUUCACUGGAAUUUUUACGACUGUUGAUGUGUCUGUGUCUGUUUGUUUAUGUAGCUAGACCAUUGUUGUAAAUAAUAAUGGAUUCUCAACUGAUCUAAAAAGGCCUUUAUAAAUCAAUUUGAUUGACUUAUCUGUGCCUGUUUAUGUUCCUCUCUCCCAGGUGACUGUCUGUUGGAUCCUCCAGAGCAGACUCUCCCUCUCCCUGUUGAUCCCCCCGGUGUCUCCUACAACCUGGACCGUCAGUGCCAGCAGGCCUUCGGGGAGGAGUUCACCCUGUGCCCGGACACCCCAGAGGACCAGACUUGCAGCCAGCUGUGGUGCCGGGAGGAGGGCCAGCCACACUGCACCACCCGGAACGGCAGCCUGCCCUGGGCUGAUGGCACACUCUGCUGGGUUGGGGCUGGGGCUGGUGCUGGGGCCAACACCACCUGUCAGGGAGGUGUCUGUGCUGCAGUGACUGAUCAGCAGAAAAUAAAGGUACUGUAUGUUUUCUGAACCAUUCUGAUUCUGUCUUUGUCUGUCUAUCUGUCUGUCUGUUUGAGUGACUAGCUAAAGCCUCCAUCCUUCUGCAUAGGGAUCGGAUGAUUCUGUCUGAGGCACUAACUCCUCCAGUCUGAUUGUGUGAUUUAUGAAUGCUCUUACCUGCCUGAAAAAAAAAUGUUUAAAUAGGCUACCUCAACGAUUUACUACCUACUUCUGCUUGUUGUAUGCAGUGUUUAUGUCAUAGCCUGCAUGAUUUCUCUCUUGCUUUCUUUCACUUCUUACUUUCUCUCUCUUGCGCUCUGUUUCGCUCACCGUCUACACUUGACCAUGACAGGUGUUUUUUUUAUUUUCACUGCUUUGGUGAAAGAUCGUUUCUGGCUCCCGUCUGUGUUUCAAUACUUGUUCUUCAGAAAUAGAAUGUAGUCUCAUUUCGUCAUGUGCCCCCAUCCGGCCCCGGCCCCGGCCCCAGCACCAGCCCUGUCGCGUGGCAGCUGAAAAUAAUAAAUCCCUCUCUUAUUCAGGCCCUCAAAUGUCAGUCUGAGGGCCCGGCCGAGUAUAUUUGGUGCAGGCCUUUAAAACAGUGAGAGAGUAUAUUUGGGGCAGGCCUUUAAAACAGUGAGAGAGUAUAUUUGGGGCAGGCCUUUAAAAAGUGAGUUUAUUUAAAAACAGCCAGGCCUAUUCCAAGGAACUAGCUCGUGAUCCCAGACACUCUGGCUGUUAGAGGAGUUGUUACAGCCAACUCAUAAAAACCCAGAGAAAUGAAAUGCUGUGUCUUAGUAGCACAUGCCAGGAGCUGUGAGUACGCACAGGAGGCAGUUACACGCGUGGCAGACUGCAGGCCAGGCCACAACAUGCCACAGGAGAUGCCAAACUAAAAACCCUAACCAAGCAAAGAAAAACUCUUAUCAAGACUGUCAUGUAGUAAUUGUUUUCAAAUGACAAGCCAAGGGAAUAUCAUUACUGAGCAUAGAGAUUCCAUUUUUGUAGUGUGAAUCAUUUAAUUUCACAUGUCCCCUGUAGCUCAGUUGGUAGAGCAUGGUGCUUGCUACGCCAGGGUUGUGGGUUCGUUUCCCACGGGGGGCCAGUAUGAAAAUGUAUGCACUAACUAACUGUAAUUCGCUCUGGAUAAGAGCGUCUGCUAUAUGACUAAAAUGUAAAUGUCCACUCAAGGCCUAUAAACUUUGUGACAACUGUUGAAGGGUUCUAAACACAAUUUCAUUGAUUGAUUGACUGAUUGAUCUGUCUGGUUGUAUCUUGUAGGAGCCUGUGGACGGAGGCUGGAGUGUGUGGGGCCCCUGGGGGUUGUGCUCCAGGUCAUGUGGCGGAGGGGUGGAGUUUUCCCAGAGAGAAUGCACUGAUCCCAAGCCACAGAAUGGAGGAGCAUACUGUGUGGGACAGAGAGCCAAGUACCAGUCCUGUCACAUACAGGCCUGCCAAGAUGAGCAUGGUAAAUUAACACCAACAAUCACUAUAUCCAAAUCAAUAACUGAUUAAUACAUCCACACUUCAAUAAUCACAUUGGGUGGGCACCCAAGCACAGACACACGCAUACACAUACACAUGCUAACACACGCACUCUACACACACGUACACAUGGAUUUUGUAUUGUAGAUAUGUGGUAGUAGAGUAGUGGCCUGAGGGCACACACUUAAUGUGUUGUGAAAAGGGUUAUGAAAUGUAAUGUCAUGUAAUAUUUGUAAUUGUAUAUAACUGUCUUAAUGUUGCUGGACCCCAGGAAGAGUAUAGCUAAUGGGGAUCCUUAAUAAAUACAAAUACAUCUUCCAUAUGGUGCAUGGCAAUGAUAGAAUUUCACAUUUGUACAGUUGGCAUUAUCACAUACAGUAUAGAUACUAGUUUAAUUAGUAGCAUAAGAGUUUCCUUGACAUGCUCAGAUGUCAUCAGUAGAGAUAGGAUUGAUAAUGAUAUGCCAUGUUCUUUCUCCCAGGUAAGAGCUUCAGAGAUGAGCAGUGUGAGAAGUACAACAGCGACCGAUACCUGGACAUCCAUGGGAACAUCAAGCAGUGGAUCCCCAAGUACAACGGUGUCUCACCAAGGGACAGGUGCAAACUGUUCUGCAGAGCAAGAGACAGCAAUGAAUUCAAAGUCUUCGAGGCCAAGGUAGCUAUAACUCUACUCAAAUUUGAAAUAGUACCCAGCUUGUUGAAAUUACAUCAUUAUAACCAGAAUCCAGUUUUGCCUAGUUUUGAUCACUGGGUUGAUUAAUUUCCAACUCAUCAACACUAUUGAUUUACAAUUCUCUAGGAGUUUAGGCUAAUACUUUGCAUAUUUCUCUAUGUUGUUUCAGGUUGUUGAUGGCACCACCUGUGGCCCAGACACCACCUCCAUCUGUGUCCAGGGACAGUGCGUCAAAGCUGGCUGCGACCAGGUGAUCGGCUCCAGUGUGAAGCUGGACAAAUGUGGCGUGUGUGGGGGUGAUGGAACAACCUGCAGGAAGAUCACUGGAUCGAUGAAUAAAGCCAUGUGAGUAAAACAAAUAUAUUCAGGAUGAAAGUCCUUUGAGAGCAGAGUUGUCUCUCUAAAAUCGUAAAAAUGGUUGACUGAUUCACUUUUUUUCAAGAUGAUUCUGAUGUCAUAGACAGCAUUAAAAUGCUGUUCAUGGAAAGACAUUAGCAUACAUCCUGUAGAUAAGUAUAAGCUUUCAACUGACACUUUCCUCUGUCUUAAUUUAAUUCAACACAGAUUUGGCUACAACAACAUUGUGACCAUUCCGGCCGGGGCCACCAACAUUGACAUCAAGCAAAAGAGCCACCGCGGGAUCAAACACGACGGCAACUACCUGGCCUUGAAGACAGAAGGUUCCUACAUCCUGAACGGGAAUUUCUCUGUGUCCACAGCAGAGCAGGACAUCCCAGUCCUGGGUGCCGUACUCCGGUACAGUGGUUCCUCCACCACCCUGGAGAGGGUCCUGAGUUACCAGAAGCUCCGGCAGGCAGUCACUGUCCAACUCCUGUCCACAGCCGGAGACGCCUCUCCCCCUAGGGUCAAGUACACCUUUUUCCUCCCCAGGGAUGUCCCCUUCACCAAGCCUGGAGCUGAGGGUAAAGCUUCGCUACAUGCGAUUCUGCCACUAGGGGGCGCAGAGUGGGCUCUGGGGGAGUGGUCCGAGUGCUCCAAGAGCUGCGGCUCAGGUUGGUCGAGAAGGAACGUGGAGUGCCGGGACGGGGGGGCCACCUUGUCCUUCUCCUGUGAUGAGGACCUGCGGCCGGUAGACAUCCGGCCAUGUGGGGACCUGCCCUGCCCUGUCUGGCAGAUGGGUCCCUGGUCGGCAUGCUCGAGGACAUGUGGUGUGGGGGUGCGCCAUCGAAGCGUGCUGUGUAUUGACUACACCGGGAAGAUGGCGGAGCUAGGGAAAUGUAACCCCGCCAAGAGGCCAGAGGUGGUUUCUUCAGAGUGCAGCUACCAGGACUGCUGA